AUGCCCUCAACACAAGCCAAUUGCCUUUUCCUUCAUUAUGGGGCCCCAUUAAAGCGUUCAAACGCUAAAAUCUGGAAAACCGGAAGACCUUUCCGAGCAACGAAAGAAAGCAGGCCUAUUGAAGACAAUUGCCUUUUACCCAAGGAAGUCCAAAGUCUUGCGGAAAUGGUAGCCCAUUACCAUAGCAGAUAA